AGUAGUGCUUUAAGAAUCAUCAUGGCUUCUGAAGGUCGCAAGGUCUUCGUCGGCAAUCUGGAUCCUGGUGUGAGGCCAGGGGAUCUCGAACGUAUCUUCGAACGUUAUGGUCGAAUCGAGCAGACUUGGGUAGCCAGAAAUCCUCCAGGAUUCGCUUUCAUUGACCGACGCAACUUCCAUCACCGUCGAACUGUUCUGCAAUCGUCCGACCGUCAGCGGCGGCGACUUCGGCUCUUCGCGUCAUCAUCCAUUCCGUCUCUUUCUUCCGUCAACUCGUCGUCGGCAAUGCCACCAUGAAAAUGUGAAUGGCCUCCUCCGUUUGGAAGUUGUGGAGGUGCGGUUGUCACGGCGAUCGCUGUGGACACCUCGGUCUUGUGGCCGAAUACAGCGCCUUACUGUGUGGGUAUUUGCAGACGUAUUGCGAUUCGCGAGAUGCUAAGGACGCUGUUGACAGUGAAGAUGGCCGAGACUUCCAAGGAAAGAGGAUGCGCGUUGAGAUCUCCGUCUCCCGCAAUGAACGUAAUGGCAGAGGCCGCAGCAUGUGGGAGCGAGGCCCAUCUAGGAGAUCUCGAAGCCGUUCUCGUGAACGUCGCUCACGAAGCCGAUCGGACAGUCGCCGUGAGAAGAGGCGAUCUCGUUAUGAUAGAUAUCGUUCCAGAUCACGUUCAUCUAGCGGGUCGAGGUCGCGCUCGGGAUCUGGCAGUCCGUCGAAAUCCAAGUCCCGCCCUGCUGAGGACAAGGAGUAA